AUGGCGCCUUCACACUCGUUCAUUCUUUUCUUGUCAUUCGUUUUGAGCCCAUUCGUUAAGGCUGCCCCUUGGAUUGUGACGGAUACCUACGAACAAGAGGUUAAUACGGAUUACUAUUCCGAGUUGGUCACCGAAAUCAAUCAGAUCACUCCAACAGCAACUUUGCCAGCCGAGGCCCUGUCCACCAUUACUUCCACCAAUACUGUCUAUGACUACACCGUUGUCGAAAAGCUAUAUCCCACUGGCUACGGCGAGGAGCGCGGCUUAUACGAUGGCUACCAGAACGUUGUGGAAAGUGAUGGAACCUAUCAUAGUACCAUCUACAAGGUCAACCUGACUUUCUCGGCCCCGACGGCCUGCUCUACUCAAUGGACCACCACGACUGCUGUCCAAGUCCGCCCUCCCUAUGGGAUCGCGACCUUGUUGCCCAAGGAUCAUGUAACAACCUCGACCUCGAUCGACAACAGCCAGCCAUUCCAGCCCUAUACCUACAUCUACGAAGUAGUGUUUGUGGAACCCACCCAAAUCCCCAGCAAGACUCUGGACUCUCUGAGCUACUACCACACCCCUACCUCUCGGUACAUAGGUACCGGAUGCCAGUACACGGGCGUCAGCAGCGAUUAUAGCGGCAACUCUGGAUACUAUACUGGUUUGUCAGACGGACCAGAAACCACUCAGUACACCGGUGGAACAUCCGGCAGCGAUGGAUCAUCCAACAGUGGCUACUACUAUGGCUACGGUGAUGACGACGAAAACUGGUUCACCAGCAAAUGGGGAUCCGGCCUCGGCAUCUCCUACCUGGCAAUUGUAUUGAUCUGUGCGCUGGGCUGGAUCGGCAUAGUUUUCAUCCUGGGCAUGAUCGAAGCCUGGGUGCGAUUCCGUCGCCUCAUGACGGGCUGGCAGACCCGUCGUGGUCUGCCUCUUUUCUGGUCAUUCCUCUUGCUCCCUCUUUCCCUUUUCUGUCUGUUUUGUUUCCGCAAGGGAUACCGCGCCCGCAGCAAAGAGGACGCUGAGGUCCUCAAGCAAAGGUGGGACGCGAUGGGUUUCUGGACGAAGAUCCGCUUGUUCUUCGCUUGGGGUUUCCGCUUCAAGUACCCGACUGUCUUGGGCCCGGCACCUGCGACUGUCAAGGCAAACAAGAGGCCCGUUGAGUCUGGUCCACGCUUGUUGGAUGUUACUCCUCCCGGUACUGGUGCUCUGCCAGCGGGCCAUGGCGAGGAAGCUGGUCCCGUUCGCUAUGCUUGA